GUGGGCGUGUCUCACCUGGGAGUGGCCCGGGUGUGUCCCAGUGGGUGUGUCCCAGUGGGUGUGUCCCAGUGGGUGUGUCCCAGGUGGGCGUGUCCCAGGUGGGCGUGUCCCUGACCCCUCCCCUCCCCCCCUGCAGAAGGUGGGGUUCUUUAACCAGCAGGCGGCCGAGCAGCUGCGAUUGGAGGAGACGGCGGCCGAAUUCCUGCAGAGGAGCUUCAACCUCCCCCACCAGGACGCCCGGAAGUGCCUCGGCCGCUUCGGCCUCGAGGGCCACGCCCACACCCUGCAGAUCGCCAAGCUCUCGGGCGGGCAGAAGGCCCGGGUGGUCUUUGCCGAACUGGCCUGUCGGGAGCCCGACGUGCUCAUCCUGGACGAGCCCACCAACAACCUGGACAUCGAGUCCAUCGACGCCUUGGCCGACGCCAUCAACGACUACAAGGGGGCGGUGAUCGUGGUGAGCCACGACGCUCGGCUCAUCACCGAGACCAACUGCCAGCUGUGGGUGGUGGAGGAGCAGGGCCUGAGCCAGAUCGACGGAGACUUCGACGACUACAAGCGGGAGGUGCUCGAGGCCCUCGGCGAGGUCGUGGUGCACCGGCCCCGGGAGUGACCCCGGGGGGACGGGGCCCUGGAGGGGCUUCCCUGGGAAUGAAAGGAUCUGGAGGGGCUCCUCUGGGAAUAAAGGGCCCUGGAGGGGCUUCCCUGGGAAUAAAAGGCGCUGCUGGAGCAACAACAA